AGUUACAUUCCCUCAUUGAACACGAUGAAGGCACUGUUGAUUUUCGCCUUGGUGUCAGUGGCGACGGCCCAGCAAUACGGCUCCUACGGAGGUGGAGGACAGGUGGAUUUGUCGCUGCACAACAGCGACUACCACUUCUCAUGGCGUCACGACGGAGGCAAGAAGUAUGACUGGUAUUCCGCUAACAAAUACUGCGCUAACCUGGGCCCCGGCUGGUUUGGUGUCAGUAUCGAGACUCACGAAGAGGACAAGUAUAUCUCCCAGAUCAUCGCCGGAGACUACCUAGAGUACAUCUGGACAGGAGGUUACCGCAAAGGCUAUGACUUCUCCUGGCCUUCUGGUUAUCCAUUCAGCGGCCUCAACUGGUCCCACACCGGAGCUAACGGUUACCCUCAGCCCGACAACCGUGAGGACGGGAAGGAGUUCUGUCUGGCUGUGCUCAACAACUUCUACCAAGACGGCAUCAGAUGGCACGAUGUCGCCUGCCACCAUGAGAAGCCUAUCAUCUGUGAGCGACCCCGCCGAGGUGGCAGCUACCACUAAGAUAGACACUACCACUGAGCUACGCCACUUCUGACAUCUGUGAGUGAUGCUGUGACAGUCACUCUUCCUGCUUCUGUUCUGGAAUUGAUCUUAAUCUGGAAACUUAUGUAUCGAUGACUACUUCAAAACUUAUCUCAAAAAUAUCCCAAUAAAGCAAAUAAAUUUAAAA